GAGGCAGGCGGACCAAUGGGAAGAGCCGCCGGCGGAUUUGAACGAGGCUCGGAGGGAGGGCGGCCCACGCUCAGUGCUAACUACCUGAAGGGGCUCUAAUCAUGGCAUCAGUCCCGCCCCCUGAAGAGGGCAGCGUGACAGUGGUGGUGCGGGUACGGCCACAGAACCAACGGGAGCAGGAAGGGAACCAGCACAGCACAGUGCGGGUGGUUGAUGACAGAAUGCUAGUGUUUGACCCCGAGGAGCCCUGCCUCCUGGGGGUCUUCAUGGGAUUCCGGGGACACGAUGCCCCCAAACGUAAGGGCAAGGACCUCAAGUUCAUGUUUGAUCGAGUAUUUAGCGAGCAUGCUACGCAGGAGGAGGUGUUCCAGCACACAACGAAGGAGAUCCUUGAUGGAGUGCUGAACGGGUACAACUGCUCUGUGUUUGCCUAUGGUGCAACAGGGGCAGGGAAAACCUACACUAUGUUGGGAUCUGAGAAGAGCCCCGGUAUUAUGUACCUCACCAUGGUGGAGCUGUAUAAGAGGAUUGAAGCCAGGAAGGAUGAGAAGAACUGUGAGGUGCUCAUUUCCUAUCAGGAGGUGUACAAUGAGCAGAUUCAUGACCUACUGGAACCAAAGGGACCUCUGGCAAUCCGGGAGGACCCAGAGAAAGGGGUAGUGGUGCAGGGUCUCUCCUUCCACCAGCCGAAGUCAGCUAAGCAGCUUCUGGAAAUGUUGGCUAAUGGAAACAAAAACCGCACGCAGCACCCCACAGAUGUCAAUGCCACUUCUUCACGCUCACAUGCUGUCUUCCAGAUCUAUGUGAAGCAGCAGGACCGUGUUGUUGGCAUCGCUCAGGAUCUGCAGGUAGCAAAAAUGAGCCUGAUUGACCUGGCUGGCUCAGAGCGAGCUUCAGCUGCUAACACCAAGGGUGAGCGGCUCCGGGAGGGCGCCAACAUCAAUCGCUCACUGCUGGCCCUGAUCAACGUCAUCAAUGCCCUGGCAGAUACAAAGAGCAAAAAGCCCCACAUCCCGUAUAGAGACAGUAAACUCACCCGCCUGCUGAAGGAUUCUAUUGGGGGCAACUGUCGGACUAUCAUGAUUGCUGCCAUCACCCCAUCUACACUGGCCUAUGAGGACACCUACAACACACUCAAGUAUGCCAGUCGAGCCAAGGAGAUCAAAAUGUCGUUGAAGAGUAACAUUCUCAGCCUGGACUGCCACUUCAGUAAUUAUGCAGUUAUCUGUGAGCAGCUGAAAGCAGAGGUAAUGUGCCUUACAGGAGGUCUGAUGGGUGGUUUUGUUUUAGUCAUUGCCAGACGCCAGCACUGCUCUGGGACGGUGGCAGCUCUGAGAGCAAAGCUCCAAACUUACGAGAGAGAUGCACAAGUUGCAGACCAACAGGUGCCAGCUUCUCUGGCACACUGUAGCCCGCACCAAGCCGAACUGCUCAGGUCAGAUGAGGCAGCCCAGGAGGUAUGCUCAAAUGAUGAAGCCCUUUGUAAGGGGGCUCAGGGAAUGAUGACACAGCAACAGGAACUGAACAUAAAACCAUCUUUUCAGCAGCAGGAGCUGGGAACAGCAGAAGAGGCUUCAGAGAAGAAACCUUGCAGCUGCAUGGAGUUCCAAAGCACAGAUACCCAGCAGAAAACCCAAGGAGAAAACCCUCUCUUACAGGGGCUCACCAGCACCCAGACAGAAAGGCUGGUAACCACUAUAUUGCAUGUUGCCCAAAAGCAGUUCUCUCUGCUGAAGGCUGCCAAUCUCCUAACCCCUGACAUGAUCUCUGAGUUUGAAGAACUGGAACACCUGGUGCAUGGGAAGACCAGUAGACAUCAAGAGCAAGUUAGGACUCUAGACAGAUCCAAUGAGACCAGCCAAGCCCAAGAAACAGGACAACACUCAGACAAUGUAGUGCCCUCAGGACAAGAUGUGUCUGUCACAGAACAUUCCACCCCAAUGACAAGGUCUGCUGCACGGCGGUUGCAGGAGCUGAUGCUGCUUCCCAAUCCCUCACUCAAGACUUUCAACAUGCCAACGAAGAAGAGGAGGAGGUCAGAAAUGAGCAGCCCCUCCAAGUCAGGAACACCUCCCACCCUGAAAAGGCAGGCGAAACGCCAACGGAAAUCAUCCCUUUCUGGCCUGAACAGCAGCUCCAUAGAGCAAGUGGCUUUUCCUACAGAAAUGCACAGCCAUAGCACCCCUCUUCCAAAGGAAGUCAAGCCAUCUCUUUUCCCUGAUUAUCACAUCCCCAAAUGCUGCCCAUCAACGGUCAUCAAAAGUCGGGUGCCCUUGGCAGUAUCUACUACCCAGAACUGCUGCAGUCCAUCGGCAGUAACCAUCAGAGACCUGAACAUGACCUUUGACCUUUCCGAGGACAGCUGUUCAUCAGGCUUGACUAAACCAAUAAAGUUCAGUGCACCACAGUUCCCUGGCUGGGAGAAUGUCCAGUGCCUCAUGAACAAGCCAGAUGUCCCUUUAAUGCCCAGGCCUUCUGUACCAGUGUUCAUCAUGAAGGGUUCCUCUAUCCCCCGUGGGAGCAUCACAAAGCCAUCCUCAUCAGUCUCUAAGGUGUCUGGACAGAAGAGAAGGCAUUCUGUGAGCACUGCCUCUCGCUCCUUGGGUGGCCUGCAAAGCCAAAGCCGAAUCGCCCGACUCCAGAGCAACACCAGGAAGUCCUUGCAGACCCCAAGUGUCCCAGAACAUCCCUCCUGCAGCUUUGCCUGGAGAGGCAGCAAGACGAGCAAAAAAGAGCUGAUACCAGUGAGUGGAAAUGUGCUGGCAGGUCCCAGGCCAUGAAGCUCCUCUACUAAAGCAUCCUCAGACCAGCGCUGUCAAGUCAAGAGCCAGAUAAGGCCAUGGACUGAACAUUGAGCAAGUUGUACCCACCAGAAUUGAAGCAUGGAUCUCCCCUCAUUUACAGCCUUGAAUUAGUGCCUCACCUCCCAGUAACAGUUCUCUGAGCAAGUGGCCUGUCCCUCCCCUUAUCCUCUGUCCUGCAUUUGGUCUGCACCUGGAUUGGUUACCAAACUUUGCUUUCCUGUUGCUUACAUUUGUUGAUUAUCAGUGGUGCAGUCCCAUAUGGCUAAACGCAGUGUUGUUCCAGCUCACCUGGAAAUGUAAGAUGAAACUAGAGCCUUUUCCGCAGGAGGGAAGCAGUCCCCUCCUUACCUCAACUGAAGGAGGGAAGAAUUGGGUGGGGCAUCUGCCAGCAGUUUCUUCCACAACCCAAAUCGCACCAGCUAGCCAGAAGGAGCAAUGCACACUUCUGUCCCCUACAAAUGUUUGCAGGACAGGCUCUCUGAAAGGUAAGUUUCAAGUGUCCUGCCCAGGCUGCUUUCUAUGGUGCAGACUGCUCUUCUGUACCGCUUGUGUUGUGGAGUCUCUGAAGGGCAAGAUUCACAUCUCGGUGACUUCACUGGAAGAGCUCUAGAUUUAUGGCAUGUCCAGCCUAGUUGUACUGAUGGAAACACAGUUUCUGUCAGCUUCCUAAGCAGUGGUUAGAAACCAGUUAGAAACUGGAAAGCACGUCCAGGGCCAUAGAGUCUAGUCCCCUGUUAUUGCAGGCAACCACAUCAUAUAAUCCCUUUCAUAUAAUUCUUCCCUAAUCAAACAUUUUUUUUUUUUAUACCAGAUGGAUUAUUGCUAUUCUGUCUUAGUCCCUGUGUAAUCUCCUCUGUGGUGUUGAGUGAUAACAGAUGGGCAAUGCCUAUUUUUAUUAAAACUCUUAGUCUAACAAA